GGAUUAUCCCAGCAGGCUCUGCUGCGGCAGCAAUGGCGGCGGCGGCGGCGGCGGGUCUUUCCAGCCCGGCGGUACCGGCAGCCCGGGACCUCUUCGCCGAGGGGCUGCUGGAGUUCCUGCGGCCGGCCGUGCGGCAGCUGGACACGCAUGUCCACGCCGUCAGGGAGAGCCAGGUGGAGCUGCGGGAGCACAUUGACAGCCUGGCUGCAGAGCUCUGCCGGAUCAAUGAGGACCAGAAAGUUGCCCUCGACUUGGAUCCCUAUGUGAAGAAGCUGCUCAACGCCCGGCGCAGGGUCGUUCUGGUGAACAACAUCCUGCAGAACGCCCAGGAACGCCUGAGAAGGCUCAACCACAGCGUGGGCAAGGAGACCGCCCGGAGGAAGGCCCUCCUGGAUGCGAGUAGCAACUACCCCCAUAGCUCUCCCAGCAAGUGAGGAGGGGGGCCGGAAGGGCUGGAAAAAAAACCCCAAGCUUGUAGCUGUUUUUACAAGACACCACAAACUCCGGAAUAAAUCUUGGAAAGGGACAAAAAAUAAUGGGCUUUUGGGGUACUGCAGAGGAAAGGAUUUUGCUGGGCUCGUUUUGCAACUCAAAGCAGAGAGGAAGAAUGGAAGUAAUUUUGUGUCGUGGGGUGUUAAAAUUAUACUCCUGCAGAGUGGAAGGAUGGCUCCCUUAACGGGUGUGGGAUAAUAACAAUAACAUAAAAAGUUGGACCGUGAUUUUUUUUCCUUCUGGAGGGGGGAAAAAUAAAGUUUCAACGAAAAUGAA